CACACACACGCACACGUCGUGGCCACACACACCACUGACACACACUCUCAUCUUGCUCCCGGACAAGCAGCGCCUCCGCCCUCCCCACUGCAUCCCGCCGCCGGCACAGGGACCCUCCCUUGCUGCGUGCUGCUUCGGCAGGGACUGCCCCUCUGCCUCGCCAGUCCCCAUCGCUGCUGAGAUGGCCGCCCUUCUCUUGCCUCUCCACCUCCGUCGGCGGAGGCGCAGACUUCCUCUCCACCAGAUCCUCGGUCGUGGACUCGACAUGAGAGCUGGAGGGCUCCCCUACGCCUACCUCCUCCUCCCGCGGGACAAGACGCAGAAUCGGAGCGAGCGCCGAGGAGCGCCGGCUAGGACGCCUUGCUCCGAUGGGUUGGGCGUGUCGCGAGCCUCACCGUGGCCAAGUACCACAUGCUCCAGAGUGGAUGGUCGACGCCCUCCCCACCUGGCCACCUCACCCGUGACUGGUAUUUCGUCAUCCCGCCUCUGCUCGAUUCGGCUCCGUCCGAUGGCGCUGCUUGCGCCUUGAUGACGCCGCCGUAGCCACAGCCCCACGCCUCGCACGAUGGCCGCCAGAAGCCUAUGCCUUGGCCGCUUUAGCUAUUGUUUAGCUCUGACAGAAUCAAGUCAAUCAACUAUGGGACAGGUACAGUAUGCAGUUGGGUUCUAGUGUUUAGCUACAGUGCAGGGAAGCAAGCUUGGAUUCACUGGAUGAUGUAUACACACCAAGUGCACCUUGCUUUCAUAAUAGCAAGCAACCUCAUAUUGAGAUUCUUCUAAUUACGGUACUCCUAAUAAUUGAAUAUGUGGGGAGAGUCAGUGUUCCAUGAAACCAGAUUGCUUUCCUUGCUACAGAGUAUGAGCCACCUAGGUUUGUUUCCCGUCAGCUAACUUCCUACACCAAGCCGGCAGCUUGAUGUUGAGGUAAAGUCUUAAAGAAAAUUCUGAUCGAAGUUUGUACCUGAUCAAAGUUUGCUGGCUUGGUGGCGAGGGCGUCAACAUGGCGACGGCGGCAGCCCGCGCUCGCAUCCGUUGGUCAGUAGAGGAGAGCAGCAGGCGGCCACGGCGCCCCGCGCUCACUUCCGUGGGCCAGCAGAGGUGAAGCGGACGGUGGCGCCGGAGACUCUCGCCUCUGAUAAUCCUGUGUACGCUUUGUGGGCGAUUUAGAGUUGGAUUUUGAAUAUGCUGAAGUUGAAGAAAAGAUAGGCGAAGGUAUUAUUUUAUUAUUUUUUGGAGUCAUUUAGAGCUUCAGGAGUAGGAUUUGUGUAGCGAAGUGAACUACGAAGUUUAAGAUCAAGGUAAAAUAAUUCAUCUUAGUAGCAAACAAGGAGGAGAUGACGUGAUUGAAGAAAUUGUGUAUCCAUCUUGGCUGUCCCUUUUCAGGUUGACUCCGUUCAUAUAGCACUGGUGACGGAUAUUUAUUGGAACUAUUUUGACGCUUAAUUGCAUUCGCAAGCACAUCCAUAUUGGAGCUAAGGAAUAAAAUGAUGCCGUAAUUUUGAUAAUAUUUUUUGUAUUGAUGUACAAUUGUGAAUAAUGUGCAUGCCGCUGCAAAUAUUAUUAUUUGUAAAUAAAUGAUUGUUAUCGUAUGAUAUGAAAAAAUUAUAUAAAGCCGGAAGAAAUUAAAUGUUUUACUCAUAUGAUAUUAAAAUGUUAUUAUCGUACUAUUAUGUUUAGUGGUUGUUUGGAUAGCGAGUAAUUACCAUCGGUUUUGUCAUAACCCGUUGUAAGAAAAUUAGUUUUUACUAAUAGUCGUUUUUCCAAAAGCUCAGUUUUUGCAUGUUACGAGAAUCAGUUUAGGAUAUUUUUGGGGUAGUUAGAGAAAAGCAAACAGUUUUAGUUUGUGACGCUCGUAGAUGAGUUAGAGAAAAAAAGAUCUCUAAAUACCCAUUAACCAAACAACCCCGGAAAGUCUAAGCAAAUGAUUCUAAAAACAAAACGCAUAUUUGUAACGAAAAUACGAUUAUUAUUUUAGUCGUCUGAUAUGUAAAUGUUGUCAGCGUACUACUAUUAAAUGUUCAGUUACUAAUUGUUUGAAAUGUAAACAUGUUCAGUUACCAGUUGUAGUUAGAGACAUGGUGAACGUGGGUUACGCAGCUGUCAGAAGGUGCAUCCGAGCGGUGUUUGGCCCAGGGAUGCAGGGAAAAAAUGACAAUGGAGGCCUUCGUCGCUGACGGAGCAAAUGAUGGGACAGCUGCCCGUUGGGGUUUGCGGCCUGUCACAGGUGAUCAGUCGUGGGGGUCGUACAUGAGGUUUGCAAGCAAUCCCAAUAACCCAGUGUUUGGUCAGCGGAUGGUGUAUGUGGAGUUCAUUUCAGUCACUGAUGUUGUCGGAUGCAGUAGCAGGGGCGGUGAGGUCGAGUUGGCUAUCACAUCAGCCCCUAGCAUCGGCCCAUCGGAACCGACGGGCGACCAACAUGUGUAUGACACAGGAUAUUGGUCUGCGGCUGUUGACAUGAGUGAACACGUGGAGGGAUUGCCGGAGGCGCUCGAUGAUGACGAUCACUCUUCCGCGUCUUCUGAGUCAAGCGAAGAAGAAGAUGUUCCUCCCCAGAGGGCGGUCGCGGUGUCACUGCAACCUGGGUUUUUACAGGAUAUGAGCAUCACAAAUGAAUUUCACUCUGUUUCUGGCCUAGAAGCGGGGAGCCUGGAGGUUGGGCAGGUUUUCCCAGACAAGAAGUCUGCUUACCAAGCAAUUAAUAGGUAUGCAAUCGCCCUCCACCGCCAGCAAAAAGUGAAGCAGUUUGAUAAAAAAGAAUUGAAGGUCAUAUGCAUCCACACCGCGAAAAGUUGCCGCGGAAGAGUUCUCGCUAGACUGAAGCCUGGGGUAUGUCAGUCAUGGCAUAUCACAAAAAUAGUGCAGCAUAGCUGUGAGCAAACUGGGACUCUUUCAAAUCACUGCAAUGUGACGGCAAGAUAUGUGGCACAGGUGAUGGAAACGAUUGUGCAGGGAAGUCUCAACAUUAGUGUUAGGGCUUUGCAAAAAGAUGCAGAAGAUCAGAUUGGCUUCCCUGUCAGCUACAACAAGGCUAGGCGUGCGAAGGAAAAUAUAUUCAAGAACGUGUAUGGAACCUAUGAGGAGGCCUAUUCUUAUGCCCCCAGAAUGCUUCAUCAGAUAGCAAGUGCUAAUAGGGGGACUCAAGUUUGGCGGAGAGAACGUCAGAACCCAAAGAACCCAGGUGAGCUAAUCCUGGACCGCUUAUUCUGGGCAUUCACCCAGACUAUACAAGCCUUCAGGCACUGUCGCCCGGUAUUAUCAGUUGAUGGUACCUUUCUCACUGGAAAGUACAAGGGCACACUAUUGGUGGCGAUUGCAGCAGAUGCAAAUAAUCAGCUUCUUCCUAUUGCAUACGCACUGGUCGAGAGCGAGAACAAAGAUAGCUGGUUGUGGUUCCUGAGCUGCGUGAAGAUGGGUGUCGUGAAAGAGCGUUUAGGUGUUUGCAUCAUCUCUGAUCGCAACACAGGAUUAUUAAGUGCUCUCGACAUAAUUAAGGAGUCGUCAGAAGAGUGGGGGUGGCCGGAUCUAGAGGGAAGGUGGUGCAUGCGGCAUUUGGUAGCAAACUUUUACUCCAAAUUCAAGAAUAAGGAUUGGUUCAAGUUAUUCAAGAGGAUGUGCAUGCAGAAAACUGAAGCCAAAAUGAAUGCUAUCUGGGCAGGUAUCAAUGGUGAGAUCGAGCGCGCGGCCUUGGCGCAGAGAGAAGACCGGAGGGGUCGAAGGACGGCCAUAAAUUUGAGCCAGUGGAUCGACGAGAAUUGCCCUGAUUUGUACAAGUGGGCGCAGGCUCACGACACCGGGGCUCGGUAUGUCAAUGUGCGAGCCAAGUACGUUAAGGGUCACCACAGAGGAUCAAAAAAGCAAGCUGUCACCCUCGGCCCAACGUCCUGUGAGUGCACGUGUAACAAGCCCAAGCUUGAGGGCUACCCUUGUAGUCAUGUGCUCCGGGUGGCUGCAGAUCAAAAAAUCAGUGUUGAGCCAUACAUAUCACCGUACUUCAACAUGUACAAUCUGUACAACACUUGGAACGGUGAAUUCUGGGCUUGGGGCAUUGAUAUGAACUACAAAAUGAUGUGGCCAGAUGGGCCGAAAUGGGUUCCGAACGCCGACUUGAUGAGAACCGCCAAGGGACGAUGUCAGUCUAGGCGUCAUCGCAAUGACAUGGACCAUAGCCAGAUGGGAGAACCAAGGCGAUGCCGCGUUUGUAGGUGUCCUGGACAUUCACGUAGGAAAUGCCCGUAUCGAGCGAACAACACCGCAUGAUGUUGA